AUGCCACGCCAUACAGGAGAGUUUUUGAGAGACAGUAAAACUUCAAGGAUAAAUGACAGCAUAAUAAAGCCAAAUAAUCAUAGCUCAGAGGAAGAAUUCUUAUCAUCACAAGAUUCUCUUGAUUCCUCAGUUACUCAAGAUACCAGAAUUAGAUCCACUUCAGAAUCAGAAGUACAUGACAGUGGGUGUGAACCCAGCAAGGCUCAGUUCUUAACUUCAACAAAUUCUCUAGACGUAGGAAAAACCACUAUGUUUCAAGAAUUCUACCAUUGUGUAAAUGGAGUAUCAAUGUUGGAAGAGAGAACCAAUGGAAAGCUACAACAACGUGUGAAACAGAGCUCAAGAGUAGGCAGAAAUGAUAUUCACAGUUUCCACCCAGCAUCUGGCCAUCCUUGCAGCUUUGGAAAUCCACAAAAGCAACAACUGUCAGUAGCCACUCCAACAAACUAUGAAUCAUAUUACUCAUACAUACAAGGUCUGAACACUUUUCAAAUGAAUGGCGAGGAGUUUUCUUGGCCUAACACUGCUUCCAUACACAAUGAAUUUCAAAACAACACUUAUAUGAGAUUUGGCAUCACCGGAGUUGGAGAUAGUGUGGAUAAACCCACUGAGAUGCAGCAUGAAAAUGGAACAUUAGGGUGUCCAGAGUUACCAACUAUGAACCUUUACAGACAAUUAAGCGAACACUCAGCCUUUAUAGGAAAUACUCCUCAAUCUAGAUCUAAUACAAACUAUAAUCAAACUUCACCUAACCACCACCUUGAGGGUCAGAAAACCUUCCAAUCAGAGGGCAAAACAUAUGUAGAAUCAUCACAUAAUUCUCACAUAUUGGGCAAAGAGCGAGGAAUGAACAACAUGCUAGCUGAACGAAUUAAGGAAUUCCUGAAUAGACUGGUUAGAGAUCAUGGAAGCAUUGACCUUGAAUGGUUAAGACAUGCUCCCCCUGAUAAAGUAAAGGACUAUCUGCUAAGCAUGAGAGGGUUGGGGUUAAAAAGUGUGGAAUGUGUACGGCUUCUAACACUUCAUCAUCUUGCUUUCCCAGUUGACACCAAUGUUGGAAGGAUAGCCGUUAGACUUGGAUGGCCAAAGAACUAUCAAUAUCAAGACAUACUCAUGUUGGUUUUGGUAGAAGCUUUAUGA